AUGUUCCCAUACUUAAAAUUAUAUCGUUCAAAUAAUUUACUUUCUGAUAUUACAAUAAAUGUUAAUAAUAAAUCAUAUGCUUUGUCAAAAAUAAUCUUGGCCAAAGACUAUACACUUACAGGAGUAAGUGAAACUGAUUUUGAAGUUUACCUUGAUUACGUUUACAACAAUGAAAAUUUUGAGGUUUCUAAUACAACAUUUUGGAAUUUAUUGAAUAUUACUUUAUUGUCUUACGUUCUUCAUGAAUUACAUCCUAAGAAUUUUGUUAUUCUUCUAAGAAGAUCAAUAGAAUAUGAACUGACAAAUUUUCAAGAUAUUAUUAUUUCUACAAUUGGGGUGAAUAUAUUGUUUGAAAAUAGUAACAAAGAUUAUAUAGCUUUUGAAGAAAUGUACUUUAGAGAGGAGUCAUUAUUGGAAAUUUCUUUGAAAUGGGUUAAAUUUGAUAUUAAUAUAAGAAAAAAUUAUUGGAUCAGUAUUGUUUCACUCUUAAAUUGGGAAAAAAUUUCAAAACAGUAUAUCCAAGAUAAAGUUUUAAUUCAGGAUGACAUUUUUGAUUGUGAUAUAGUUUCAGGAUAUAUUUUGGAAAAACUGUCUUUUAUGAAUGACACUCUAAUAGAAUAUUCAGAAAUAUUAAAAGAUUCUGUAAUACCAGAAGCAAAUAAUACAUGGAAUACUGUUAAUACAAAAACAAAUCAAAAAAAAAUAUCUUUAAGUAAUGAAGAUAUAUCUAGUCAAGUUUAUUUUUCUAAAGCAUUAAUGUUUGGAGGAUCAAAAAGAAAAAAAGAUAUUUAUAUGUUUGAUUCUGAUUGUCUUAGUCUUGAAAAAGUGGGUGAAACAGAACAAUUUCUUCAACGUCACAGAUGUGAACGAAUAUCCAACUAUGUUUAUAUUUUUGGUGGUUAUGAUAAAUUAAUGGAAGGCCAAGUAUCAAGCGACUUUUUGAGAUAUGAUAUUUCAAACAAGGUAGUUACUAUGCUUCCUUAUAAAAUGGCAGCUCCUAGAUAUUCUUUUGCUAGUUGUGUUAUCAAUGAUGUACUUUUUGCUUUUGGUGGAAAACAGGGUAGUCGAACUGUUGCUGUAACUGAAAAAUUUUCAUUAGAAAAAAUGAGAUGGGUCAAGGGUAGAUGUACAGAAGCUGUGAAAGAUCAUGGUUUUGAUGCAAUUGUAGCGAGAAAUGCUGUAUUUUUAACGCCGGGUGGGUUAUCAGCUUUAAUUCGGCGUUAUGAUCCAAGAGAAGGUGGAAUUAGUCAGUUGGAAAAAAUACCUACUGGAAGGUACAUGUGCGCAUCAUGUAAAAGUGGCGAUAGUAUAAUAGUAUGUGGAGGAUAUUCAAAUAUUUCCAGAAAAGAAUGCCAUCUUUACGAUAUUCGAAACAAUAAUUGGACAGCUUUAAGUCCACUUCCUGUUGCAGUCUAUGGAGCUAGAUCAUUUUUCUACAAUGACAACGUCUAUGUUUUUGGUGGUGCUAUUGAUGGAACAAAAGGGACAAACAAAAUUCAAACACUUAAUAUUUCCACUAACAAAUGGAGUGUACUUGAUAUUAGAAUGCAAUUUUUUAAUGAUUCUUUUUCACUUAUAACAUAUUAA